CAGGACCGCAUGAUUAUCACAACAGCCAUACCUCAAAUCACCGACGAGUUCCAUUCCGUUACCGAUAUAGGCUGGUACGGAUCAGCGUACCUCCUUACCCAGUGUGCUUCUCAACUCCUCUUCGGCAAACUCUACACCUUCUUCAACCUUAAGGGCACGUUUCUUACUUCGAUCUUCCUCUUUGAAGUCGGUUCUGCAAUCUGUGGCGCGGCCCCAAAUUCGGUCUCUUUCAUCAUUGGAAGAGCCAUUGCUGGACUUGGCGCAGCUGGUAUUCUCAGUGGCGUGGUCGUCAUCAUCGUCCACGCUGUCCCGCUUCAUAAACGCCCUACAUAUCAAGGCUUCUUCGGCGCCAUCUUUGGUGUCUCUUCUGUUGUAGGGCCUCUACUCGGAGGCGUCUUCACCUCCAAGGUCACCUGGAGAUGGUGCUUCUACAUCAACCUCCCCUUGGGAGGCUUGGCGGGCAUCAUCAUCUUCCUGAUUCUCGCCAUCCCCGACAGAGACACCACAAAGCUUGAUCUGAGGUUCAAGCUAGCGCAGCUCGACUUCUUCGGAACCGCUUUACUUAUCCCUGGGUCAGUCUCCCUGAUUUUGGCAAUGGAAUGGGGUGGCUCCACGCAUUCUUGGAACAACUGGAGAAUCAUUCUCCUGUUAGCGCUUGCAGUCGUACUCCUAGCAGGGUUUGCAUUGGUCCAGAUUUUCAUGCCCAAGACGGCCACGCUCCCCGGCAGAAUCUUCAAGCAGCGCAGCAUCCUCGCUGGUGUCUAUGCUACCAUCUGCAACGGAUCACAAUUGAUGAUCUUCUCCUACUAUCUCCCGAUUUGGUUCCAAGCUAUCACAGGCGUCUCCGCGGUUGAGUCCGGAAUCCGUCUCCUGCCUCUCAUGCUCUCAAUGGUAGUAGCUACGUUGUUGACGGGCGCCCUUGUUCGUCGCAUCGGCUACUACACACCAUUCAUGAUUGGCGGAGUCUGUCUGAUGGCUGUCGGCGCUGGUCUGAUCUAUACUUUCGAAAUCGACACUGAUAGCGGCAAGUGGAUCGGAUAUCAAAUCAUCUACGGCUUUGGCUUGGGCUUGUCAACGCAAGCACCCAACCUCGCAGCUCAGACAGUUUUGCCGAAGAAGGAUGUGCCGGUGGGAAUCUCCCUCAUGUUCUUUGGCCAGCUCAUUGGAGGAGCCAUUUUCCUCGCAGUCGCACAGAACAUUCUCAACACCCAGCUGCUCGAGCGACUCUCUUCGGUUCCGGGGCUCGACGCCCAGAAGAUUCUGGAUAAUGGUGUUACCUCUUUGACCAAUCUUCCCGCCUCCAUCAAGACGACAGUUCUGAUUACAUAUAACGAGGCCAUUAGACAUGUAUUUAUAGUCGGCCUGGUCCUCUUGUGUCUCGCCAUCUUUGGUGCUUUGGCUUUGGAGUGGAGGAGUGUCAGGCAACCCGAGAAUAACAAGGGUGGCGGCAAGGCAUAG